GUAUAUCUUGGCCCAAAAAAGAAAAGAAAGUCGUGGGGUAUAUCGAACACAAAAGUGAUAAGAUUGAGGCUCCGCCACUCAUUAAGUUUCAGGGAGAGAAUCAAUGGAGAAGGAAGAAUUGAAGGUUUGUGUUACUGGGGGUUCUGGUUACAUCGCGGCUUCCCUCAUCAAAAAGCUUCUUCUCCAGGGUUACACUGUCCAUGCCACUCUCAGAAACUUGAAAGACGAAUCCAAAGUAGGGUUUCUGAGAAGGCUGCCACAUGCAGAGGCGAGGCUUGUGUUGUUCGAAGCAGAUGUUUAUGAGCCCCUCGCAUUUCAGGCUCCCAUUCAUGGCUGUCACUUCGUCUUCCACGUCGCCACCGCCUUCCAACACCACCAACCCUCUCAGUACAAGAGCCUGACGGAAGCAACAGUAGAAGCAGCGAAAGAGAUAGCGAAGUGUUGUAUCAAAGCGAAAACCGUGAGGAGACUGAUAUACACAUCCUCAGUACUUGCUGCAUCUCCACUCGGAGAUGAUGGUGCCACCUCUCUGAAGGAUUUCAUAGACGAAUCUUGCUGGACCCCUCUUCAUCAUCUCCCAAACUUCCCAUACAUCAAUGACUAUCUCAAGAACUACGUAGAAUCAAAGACUGAGAGUGAGAGAGAGAUUCUGAGGUACAACGAGAGGAAGGAAGAUGGUGGAUUGUUGGAGGUGGUGAGUCUGGCUUGCGGGCUGGUGGGAGGGGAUUCAGUUCUGAAUGCUUCAGUGUCUGGGAGUGCGAUGGUGAUUAUUAGUCAGCUUAAGGACUCGGAAAUGGAGUUUCAUUCGAUGAGGUUCAUAGAGGAACUUCUGGGGAAGAUCCCAAUCGUGCACGUCCAAGAUGUGUGCGAUGCUCAUAUCUUUUGCUUACAGAAGCCCUCUUUCACUGGCAGAUUCUUGGUUGCUUCCUCCUACGUUUCUUCUGCUGAUAUUGGCAAUUACUAUCUUCAGACCUAUCCCGAGCUCCACGUCAAGCACAAAUAUUUGGAAGGGCCGAGAAGGGACAUCAAGUGGGGCUCCACAAAGCUCGCGGACGAAGGGUUUGCCUGCAAGUAUGACACCAAGGCCAUCUUAGACGAUUGUGUGAGGUGUGCCAGGAGGGUCGGCGAUCUCUAGGGAAAAGACUUGUGUGCCAAAUAUCAUGGCAAAAAACUUUAAUGAUUGUGAAGAACUGCUGUGCUUUAUAUGCGAUGGAUCAUUGGAAGUG